UUUCUCCUUCAGGUUGGAAAAAAGAAAUUUGCCAAAAUAAAAGCUCUGCUUAUAUUUGUGUGUGCCCAGAGGGACUUCUCAAUCAAAACUGUGAAAUUGGUGUUUGUGAGUGUUUAUGGAUACCAUGUCAGAUCUGUGCCGACCACAUUGACAUUACAAAUGAUACCAUAUGCACCUGUUCACCAAAAUUUACAGACAAGCUUUGUAAGAGAUUUCAAACACCAUGUGACCAAUUUCUUUGCAAGAAUAAUGCCACAUAUAUGAACUUUGAGAAAGAUUAUCAUUGCAGUUGUAUGCCAAGAUUUACUGGAAAGAACUGUGAGAAAGUAAUUGACCACUGUAGACUGCUCAGCAUCAACUGUCUGAAUGAAGGAUGGUGUUUCAAUAUAAUUGGAAGAUUCAGAGAUGUAUGCACAAGAAAUUCAUGUUGGUUUCUGAAGAAUAUUUGCUUAAUUUAUCUGUACCCCUGCUACUGUGGAUCCAUCAGCCAUGAUAUUUGCCAAGCAGAAGUUCCUCAUUCUUCUCAAUUUAAAUAUAUAUGGCAAUUGGGAUUUAUAGUAUUUGAAGGUGAAAAAUAUGAAGUGACUACUGAUGCUUACUUCUUUCAUGCUGAAAAUUGCACUGAUGAUGCAGUCUACAUGAACAAAUCUGAAGCCCUUGAGUACCUACAUUUGUUCCAAUGUGAAGAGACAAUGGAGAUGUGUGCAAAUGGAUGCAGCUGUUUGACUGAGGAAAAUAGUAAGGACUAUUUUUGCCUGUGUAUUCCCAGAAGGCCUAGAAAAAUGAAUCAGGAAAAUACAACUGACUAUCAAGAAAGUGGGUGUCUACCUGAAGCUGUUCAUGAUGAAUUUAAUAUACCCAGAUGCAGCUGUUCUCUCAGUCACAUUGGCAGAUUCUGUGUUCUCAACACUGGCGAUUGCUUCGGAAACCAGAGUAUAUCAUCGCACGGCCUCUGUGGGGUCCAUUUGCACAGAGGUAACUGUAGCUGUCUGAAAAUAUAUAAAAGAAAAACCUGUGAAAUAGAAACUGAAGAUUGUAAACCUAUGUCCUGCAAAACUGAAGUGACCAGUAUCAUUUUAAGUGGCUAUUUCUUUGGCACCUGUCUCCCUGGAUUUAGAGGCAAGUAUUUCUUGACAAAUCAAAUUCUCUAGUGGAAAUUAUAAUAUAUUUAACAUCUCAUAUGUGUCUAAUGGUUGGCAAUAUAGUCUGCUUUCUCAUUUGGCAAAGUAAAAUUGUCUUCACUUGGAGUAAUAGAAUUGCUUCUUUGGACAAUUACAUUGCUGACUAGAGAGCCUUGGCUCAUGAAAAUGAGGCUAAUAAGGCCAGGCUCUACCAUUAAGAAUAUGAUGUAUAUGUCAAAGGUCUGACGAGAAACACGCUGCCAUAACCUCCCAAUCAUUUUGCCUAAACAGCUUUAGUACUGCCCUUCAACCUCCUCUUUGGCUCCCUAAGCACGCUGAGAGCCAAUUUUU